AUGGUGCAGGAUUACGUGUCUCCUGUAAGGGUACACAAGUAUCCCUUUGAGAUGGUGAUGGCCGCAUAUGAAAGGCGGUUUCCCAGCUGCCCUCAAAUACCAGUGGUGAUUGAGUGUGUCAUAGUCGACGACAGUUGGUCGCCAGACGACGCACAGAGGUGUACCACCAGGCGCUGUCAACUUAACGUUGAGGCUCCCUAUCUACUGAAAAAGAUGAUCGGCGUGGAGUACAUCUACUUCAUACAAACAAACAACCUAGAUCUACGGAACAGAGUGCUGGAUAUCGAAGCUACCAACGAAACCUUCGCCUCGAAAGUUCAGGUUAUCGAGAAAUGUAAAUAUUAUCCACCGCCGCCGUUUCAAUUUGAUAAUAGUUUGUGCAACAUAACUUCUGGGAAUCUGAGUACAGAAUGGCAAAAGUGGAAGACUGCAUUCAACAUCUACUAUGAAGCUUGUGAAUUAUCCAACAAAAACAAGAAAACGCAAGUUAACAUUUUGCUACAUAUUGUUGGCGAGAAAUGUCGAGAAGUAGCGGCACAAUUUAAUGAACAGUGGAAUACGGUGGAUGAGUUAUUAAAAAAGUUUGAUGACUUUUUUAUACCAAAGAAAAAUUUGGCAGUGGAACGCCAUAAGUUUUUCAAGAGGGACCAAAGGGAGUUAGAAUCUGCAGAACAAUACGUUUUUGAAUUAAACAAGAUGGCGGUCCAGUGUGAAUUUAAAGAUUUACGUGACGAUCUUGUCUGUAGCAGGUUGAUAUGUGGCAUAAGGGAUAUAGCCCUAUCCGAAAGAUUAUUACGUGAACCAGACAUGAGGUUAGAAAAAGCAAUCGAAAUAUGCAGAUUGGCGGAAAUGUCGCAUAUGCAAGCAAGGAACAUCAAGGAAAACCAAGAAUAUAAUAGCCAGGUACACGCGAUUAAUGAAGAAAAGAUAAGCGAGCACGAAAUUAAUGGGAUACAGCGACGCGAGCAGUCCACGCAGGGUUCACGCACAUCAAAGCAGACAAAGACCGGCCGUUCUCGUUAUGACCAUCCGCCGAGACAAGACACGGUGAACGUCUCAACUCAUACGCCUAAACAAACAGUACAGCGAUAUCAGCAUGCAAACAGAUGUGGGUACUGCGGUCGAGUGCACCGAAGGUACGAGUGUCCGGCGCGGGGUCAAAGGUGCAUGAAGUGCAACCGCAUCAACCACUUUGCGAGGAUGUGCAGAGUUCAUUCCGUACUGGAGGACUCCACCGAUCAGGCGCAAGUAUGUUCGAUCAGUGCUAGUAAUGUAUUGACGGACACGCAUUUUGUAGAAAUUCAAAAAAGCACUUUAGAAGACGAAGACAUGCAAUUAUUAAUCAAAACCAUAAAACGGGGUUGGCCAGUUGAUAAGAGUACUCUAGAUAAUAAAUUAAAACCCUUCUGGGAAUGCAAGGAGGAACAAGGUAUUCCAGAGACGGUUAUGUCAGAUAAUGGCCCCGAGUUCUCAUCUUUAGCAUUUUCUGAUUUUGCAAGAAACUGGAAAUUUCGUCACGUCACGUCAUCGCCUAGAUACCCACAGUCCAAUGGUCAGGUCGAGCGGUCCAUUCAAACUAUAAAACAAAUAAUUAGAAAAACUGCGUAUGAUCAAUCGGAUUUUAACUUGGCGUUAUUAGAGUAUUUAAAUACACCAAUUAGCAAAGAACUACCAUCACCCGCAGAGUUACUAUAUAGUAGAAAGCUACGUAGCAUCGUGCCGUGCAACCCUAUAUUAUUAAAGCCAACAUUACAUAAUAACACGGCACAAAAGAUUAAAAGUCGUCAACAAAUUCAAAAAUAUUAUUAUGAUAGAGGAUCAAAGAACUUAACACCUUUAUGUGUAGGACAGAAAGUAAAAGUUAGAAUAAACAAUACUUGGCAAUCGGGCAUUGUAAAAAACAGGUUUGGAAUGCGAUCAUAUGUUGUGUUAUUGAAUAACGGAACUAGUUUGAGACGCAAUAGAAGACAUUUGAUUGCUGAUUCGAACCGCAAUUGCUUAUCACCACAGAAUGAAUACAGUUUGUUAUAUGACGAUAUAAACUUAGACACAUCUCAAUCCACGUCUGUUGGUUCCGGUGAACUAGUCUUACAAUCAGCUGAUGAUAACUGUUCUAAUGCAUAUCGUACUCGUUUCGGCAGGAUAGUGCGGCCUCCUGAUCGGUGGGGCUACUCAUAG